CCCUGUAAGCUCAAAGCGCGGCAAAUCCAGUCCCGUCGGGGAUUUGUGAAGACAGAAGUCAGAUUCCUGCACUGAGAAAGCCAGGUUGUUGUCUUCAAAGCCCAGGCUGACGCUGUUGCUCCAUUGACUAUAAACGCGGAGACCGGCCUCCAGGCUCCAUUGGCCAAUCGGAGCACAGAGAGAGGACGAGCCUUCACUAGCCUACCCCUGUUUCUACUCUUAUAACUCGCACUCCUGUAGUCAUGUGAUGGUAAUAUACUACUACUACAGUGCUGAGCGGAGGCGGAGUAGCGCCGUUCGACAUUGCAAUGAGAAGCUCGUCUCAAGGACAAAACUCGCUGCACUUGUAAUUGAUCAUUUUUAAUCUGGAAAAUUGGAAUUUGAUGAAUUUUUAGUCGGCGCUGAUGUAAGGAGGAGGAGGAGGCCGGGAACAUAAAAACAUUAAUAAACAUAUUGAUAUAUAUAUAUAGAUAUAUAACUGGAAGGGACAACGUGCAGAGGGUUUUGAUCGGCUGGGCCAGGAAUGGUGGAUCAUUUGCUAGCGAGCGAGGAGACCUUUCUUCCUUAUGCGGGCUCCCCGCUGCUGUACCACCUGUCGGACAUGGCGACGGACGCGGGCGCCUACCAGGCGCUGCCCUCGCCCUUCUCGGAGGACGAGCUGAGCGACUCGUCCAGCCUGCGGUCCUGCUCCAGCCCGGAGUCCCAGGUGCUGGGCUCCAGCUAUGGGAGCAGCUCCAGCGCGGAGAGCCAGGACAGCAUCCUGGACUUCCUGCUGUCGCAGACCUCGCUGGGCGGGGCCUCGGCCGCCGUCGCCUCCCUGCCCGGCUUCCUGUGGGAGCCGUCGCCGCGGGAGACGCCCCGCCCGCCGCCGGUGAAGGAGGAGAGCUUCGACUUCCCCGUCUUCGCUCCCGACCUGGAGGACCAGUCGGGGCUGUUCCAGCCCACGCUGGAGGAGAUCGAGGAGUUCCUGGAGGAGAACAUGGAGGUGGUGACCCUGAAACAGGAGCCUGGGGAGCGGGUUCUGCCAGCAGGGGGCGGGGCUGGGGGCGGGGCUCAUCACACAGACCAGAAGACGCCCACGUCCGGUGCCACCGUCCCCACCCUUGCUGCCGGUACUGAGACCAAGAGCGCGCAGUCUGGACCCGCCUUAGACCCGGCUGUUGAUGGAGUAAAAAUGGAGGAGGUUCCAGUGGGCGGGGCCGGAGGCGGGGUGCCGGUCAUCCUGCAGAUCCAGCCCGUCCAGAUUAAGCAGGAGUCCCCGCCCCCUGGCCCGCCCUCCCAGUCGCCCUCAGACGUUAAAGUCGCUCAGCUCCUGGUCAACAUCCAGGGCCACACCUUCGCCCUCGUGCCACAGCUGGUCGCCUCCUCCUCCAGCCUUGGGGCCUCGCCGAAGUUCGUCCGCAUCGCGCCCGUCCCCAUCGCCGCCAAGCCCCAGUGCCAGGGCGAGGGCGGGGCCGGGGGCGGGGCUGUGGGGCUGCUGGCGGGGGGGCAGAAGUUCCAGAAGAACCCGGUGGCGGACCUCAUUAAAAUGCACAAAUGCACUUUCUCCGGCUGCAACAAGAUGUACACCAAGAGCAGCCACCUGAAGGCCCAUCUGCGCAGGCACACGGGGGAGAAGCCAUUCGCCUGCACCUGGGCCGGCUGCGGCUGGAGGUUCUCUCGCUCGGACGAGCUCUCGCGACACCGGCGCUCCCAUUCGGGGGUCAAGCCGUACCAGUGUCCCGUCUGCGAGAAGAAGUUCGCCCGCAGCGACCACCUGUCCAAGCACGUCAAAGUGCACCGCUUCCCCCGAAACAGCCGAGCGGCGCGCCCCUCAAACUGACCGCCUCCUCUCUGACAGACUAACAGCAAGGGGGCCAAGGACCUGGGACGGAGAGAACCUGAGAGAGGGAGAGAAGGAGUGAAUGAGAGAGGGGAGAGGAGUGAAUGAGAGAGGGGAGAGGAGUGAAUGAGAGAGGGAGAGAAGGAGUGAAUAGGUUUUAUUUAGACUGUCAGAGUCAGAUGGGAGAGACUGAUAGUGUGAAGACAACAAACCAGAGAGAACAGAGAGAAAGAAUGAGAGAGACUGAAAUAGAUUCAUACAGAGAGCAGAGAAAGAUAGACUGCAAAUGUAUGAAUGCCGGUAUGAAUGUUUGUGAGCAUAUCUGUACGUGCGUGCGUGCGUGCGUGCGUGUGUGUGUGUGUUUCUGCAUGAGAGAGAAAAGAAUUAGAAAAUGAGAGAGAGAAUGAGAGAGAGAGAGAGGUAUUGUCAUAAUUUAUUGUGGGUGAAGCAAAUGGAACAAAGGAAAAACAAACCUGUUACUUGAUACGGUUUCUGUGUGGAUGCUCGGCUGUUCCCACACCUCCCGAUUUUCUCUGUUUUUCUGUGUUGUGUUUUUUUCUCAGAUUUUAAAUGAAAAGUAUCAGAAGUGUAUACGUUUGUGGUUUGAUUUGUUGUUGGUGCACCUGCCUUUUCAAGUUGGUUGAUUGUAGGAUUAGGAAGUUCCCCAGUAUUCCUUGUCUUUUGUCAACAUUAGCUAUGUUUCCAUUUGAAUUGCACAGGGAAUUUGCUUUGGAGCAGAACAAUCACUUUUGCUUUUGCAUAAAUCAGAAACUAAGAGUGUUUUCAAUGUGUUUCUGUCAGGAACAGUGGUGUCACAUGAUCUGAGCAUUGCUCAAGCUAUUUUGCAGAAUACGUUUUGCACACAUUUCAGCAAUUUGCCAUUUGCCAUAAUGUCUGUUUUUCUAUAACUGUCGACAUGAUAAAAGUUCUGAUCCGCAAUUUUGCAGGAAAUGGACUUGUUUUCAUUUAUUUAUAUUUGCAUAAUGCAAAGUUCAGUAGCCAUGUUCCAGAAUUGAAUUGACGUCCGAAAGUCUCAUAAAUUGAUGCCGAUUGAAACGUUGCGACUAAUGGCUACAAUUUAAAGGGCCUGUUCUGUGUAGUUGUCUGAGCCCUUUUUAAAACACGGUCACUUGGAAAUGCUUGAACUACUGACAGUAAUCAGGAUUAUGUCACAAUAAGCUAUGGGGAAACUCUGAGGCUGAAGCUUCAGCUCACACAGGAACUUGAUCGUUUCGCACGGGCGCAAAGUUCUUCUCAAAGGCAGGUUCACCAACAACGGGGCAAACUCACCGUGACAAAGAAAAAUGCGCACACUGAUCAUUUUGUGAUGUGUUCACGUGUCCACCAGCUGGCCUUUCAGAUCAGUAUUGACGAACUGCUCAUCUUUUACUUAGUGUGUAUUUUCAUUGAUCAGCUGCUGGUUUUGUUAUUAAUGUUUAUGGGCUGUACUCAGUUUGCAUUUGUCCCUUAACUUUGAAGUUGUACUUUUUCUUUGUAGUUUAAUGUAUUGUUCCAAACUCACCAAAAUGUUUGUGAAUAAAACAAUAUAUAAAUAUCUCGCUUUUAAUUUAUGUCAAAGAUAAGGACAAAUGUUAAUUGAAUUCCAGCCUAUGUCUUUUUUUUUUCUUUGUGUAAUUUUCUCUUUCUCUUGAAAGCCUUGCUGUUCAAAUAUCAAAAUGUAAUACAUAUGUGUAGCCUUAAUGUAAGAAGGCCUUAAUGGGGGCCAACAUCUUUAGCUAUUUAUAGGGGUAAAAUGACUUUUUUAUGGGAAAGAAAAAGAAAUCGUGUUGGCAGACCGCGGGGUGUGAAUUUAAAGAUGGAAAGCGAGAACAGUGUUUCUGAGUAUAAGCUGAGAUAACGAGUGAGUGUUCAGUAGCUGCAGCAAGUGAACGCCUCGACUUCGUUGUUCAAAAAGAUCUGUCUGCCUCAAGUCUACAAACCGUGUUACUGGAACGACGCCCCCUUCCUGCGUGAGGUUCCCAGCUCGUGCUGUUCUGAGCUGCGUUUCGUCCUGCUACAGUCCCGGUGCCUCUGGUUUGAGAAAAAAAACAAAACCGUCCUGACCCUCAUGGUGCUACACGUGCUACCCUCGGUCUCCAAAACGCUCGGGGAAAGUUCUUCAAACGCGGCGCGCGGAGGGACGAAAUGGGCGGAGCUACAACAGAUGUGUGGCCGUGUGUCCCGCCUUUUUGUUUGCCCCGCCCCGUAACUGUGCAUCUUACUUCUGGUGCUUUGACUGGUGCAGUCAUUUGAUUGGUGCAAACCAGCAAGUCAUUGCUGGUACACGAUAACUGUCAAUUUUAGGGGUUGUGAAGUCUCGUUCUCCCGCCAUUUCGGGGUCUCCUCUUUUUUUGCCCGUAUGCUCUCAAAGAAACAAAAUGGCCGCUGCAAAACUGUGUGUGUCGAAUCAACCCUUGCAGAGUUUGUAUGGGCUCAGGAGGGACCACAUGCACUCUGUAAGAGCUCAAAGUACUCUGUCAGAGUUGAAUUAACACUGACCAUUUUGCAGCAUGUAUUAUGUGUCCUUUAUAGCGCCUGGGAAGAAAUCUGUGUGUAUGUUCCAUGUAUGUUCUUGGCGUGGGGCAGGGCAGUGGGUCAUGUGGAGUAUGGAAACCAUUCCUUCUUUUGAGGUUUUUUAAUGCUUGUGAAAACUGGAAUUUCAGUGCAAACCUAUGAAUGUAUGUAAAUAAGAGGAAAUGUAUAUACUGUAGUGACACUCACCUUGCAAAACAGAGACUCUUAGUAACAUAUCUAAAAUCAGUGAUUAUGUAAAUUUCUAGUAUAAACUGUAAACAAGUGUACAUAACAACAAUUCAUUAUAUAUAAAUAUAUUAUUAUAUAUAUUUUUUCUUUGUUGUACUUUAAAGAUACAUUUACAAAUAAAUUUGUAAAGUGA